AUGCCGACUCAGGAUGCGCGAAUUAUCUGCGGGCUGUGUCGAAGACGACGAAAGCUCAUCGCCAGCUCUGGUGCUUGGACGCAGCAGAACUCGUUAGAUCUAAUUGAGAUUCCCUCCUCAGGAAUUCAACGAGCUCACAGUUGUGGAGGCUACGAAGAACUCCUUGAUGCUUUGAAAGUACAGUCGCGUUGGAAAUCUACAAUGAAACGUCUUUCAAUUCCUUACAAAAUUCCCGAUCCCAUAGACAUUCCAGAGGCUGUACCAACCAAUCGGGAACGCACACUUCCCACAAUCACAGUUGAAAGUCCAAAAACUCCCCAAUUCACGGAUCUGUUUGCGUUUCAAGAGGCACGCAGUCCACAGUACCAUGUCCACGCCCUCGACAACGACGACAGCUCGACUUCCAGUGAUAGUGAAAGUCCCGACACGGAGGGUGUCAAAUCGCUCUUCUUUCCAAAUCGUUCGCGCACCUCACCCGUGAACGCAUUCAGUGACCUUGUUCCUUCCAACGUUGACGAAUCCGACCUCUAUCCAGAAGACCUGAUGUCCGCUUACUACGCGGAUCCAUGGGGGCUGUAUAGGCAAGACAACGACGAAGACAUGCCCUUCCAGUGUGAAGAGCCUCCUUUUGAUCCGAUCUCAGAAGAGGCGGAGGAGGAAUUGGCGGAUAUGCACCGAGGUUUCUCCAACACGUCCACACCACCUACCUCCACGGACCUAAAGACAUCAAUGUUUGACGUCACGAGGCACUUGUCUCUCAACUGUUUAGCCGGACCUCAGGAGGUGCUACGGGAAAAGCGUAGUUUUUCCUGCCCCCUCUUCCACGCCUCCAUAAUCGGCGACAUGUCGUCUCCUUCGCUUAGAAAAUCUGGCGAGUCGCCAGUCGUUUUCGAAAAGACCGUCUUUCUUCCAAGCGAAACUGUAGCUCCACUGAAGGAGCCUGCUGAAGCCCAUCAACUCCACGAAACCACACUCGACGGCUUGUUGCACGCCGAGGUCGUGGAACCACCGGAGGUUCUGGUUGGUGGCGAUUCAAUUCCUGAAGGAAUCGGUCUCCGAGAAUACGCCAUCGCCAACUGGAACCAGGUCAAUCCUGUGGAGAAUGCGGAGGAGGAAGAAGGCCAGUCGAGAAUAAUUGUGGGCGGGAGCGAAGAUGAUGACGACGACGAUGAUGAUGGUGGGGAGGCAGUGGAUGGGAUGGAGGAGGAGGAGGAGACAGUCGGGCCUCUUCAGAUGCAUAGAUGCCAACAUUUCGUAAAUAUCAACCAACUGAUUGCUGUUGCAGGAGGCCUGCAGCCGGUUGUGGAGGAAAGUCGUGACACCGUAAAGUCCAGUGGAGAUAAUGAGAGCUUUUUCACCGCCCCUAUCCGCAGUUGGGGUCGGGAAUGCAAGCAAUCGUUUGCUAUUUAUCGACAGGUGAUCCCUUCGAUGAACGUGUCGGUCCGUGGACUGACCUCGUAUGCUGAGGAUCAGGUGCUCGUGAAGCAUGAGGAACAGAUGUGGGCGAAUCUCUUUCCGCCGUCCAAAAACGUCGUAGAAUCUGCCAAGGGCUUCAGCGCUCAACUCCUGGAGAUGAGUCAGUUCGUGGAGGAGGAGGAGAAGGAGCAGAAGGAGAGUGCUGUCCAGGAGCAUUUGGCUGGCCGAGGCGACAAUGAAGAUGGUGUCCACGUGGGAGGCGUUGUAACUGACACCUCAACGUCUCCUGAGGCGAAAGAUGCUGGCGGCCAUGUCGAAACAACCAAUGAUCUCAGGUGUUUAGGAACAGGACACUCCCCGACCCAGGAACGUCCAAAUGUAAUUUUUUCUAAUGAGGCACUCAAAGGCCGACCUGAAUCAACCAGUCGCAGGCAGCUGCCUUCUUUGCCCAGAAAAUCGCCUAAAAACCGAGAACAAAGCGAUGUGCAUGAAUUGGACGCAGAGAACAGAGGUGCUGGAACGAUUGCGGCGCCUCAGGAUUGCGGCGAACACGUCAGACAGCCAGCUGAGCUCAAGGGUACGAGUGAGACGACCCGGCCGAUGGAGGCUCGUGCGUCGCGCCUGACGUACGGACAGGCGGACUCGCGUGAUGGUGUUACGGACACACCCCAAGGGACAGGCUAUCGACCGCUUUCGCGUGAGUUGCCACAACAAACACAGCCACUGGAGGUUGAGCACGUGGGGCUGGUGGUGGCAGAGCAGGCGAAGGCGGAAAGCGGCGGAUGCAUUGGUAGCGAGGCCGUUGCAAGCCCGCUGCAUCGAUCCAAGGACGUUGCUACACCCCCUACCACCACCCACUACCCUCCUACCCCUCCCGUUGAGGAGAGUAAUUUUCUGUUGUUGCCAAACUCACUUGCCCACCACUCCUCUCGUAUUCCACGGCAGUUACUGCACCAGCAGCAGCAGCAGCAGCAAGAGGAAGAGGAACCACUAAGCCUCUUUACCGAGCCAGUUCGCUCCCAAUCGGUUGACCAGUUGUCCCUCCUUCGUGGUGACAGUCCCACGUCCUCAGAGGUACAGGGGACUCGAGUGAGGCCGUUUGGAAGUUGUCUGUGGAGUGUGCCUUGCAGGUGCACCUCCAGACAGUUCGAUCGAGCAAUCCGAAUUCUCAGCGGGGGGGUCGACACUUGUACCAGCGCCGCCUACUUCGACUCCUCUGACGCUAUUCUCUCAAUCUUUGAUGCUGACGCCAGCCGUUGCGUGGUUGCGCAAACCCGACGUCUACGAUUAACCCAAAUCUGCGGCACGACAAUCGAGGAGGAGGAGUGCUCGCAACUGCCCGACACCGACGCCGAUCAGCACUUUGCCCUCACCACACAUCGCGUUCUCUCAACCCUCACCACUGCCGAUCAUCCUGUGCUGGUGAAGAUGACGUCGCCGUUGAGAGCCCGGCGUAGUCAGUCGUAUAUUGCGCCGAGUGAGUUUGACGAGUCCUAUGUGCGGCAUCAACUGUCUCAGGCGCACUUACGCCUACCGGAUGUACCACCCCACGGUAAAUCGACUUACAACAAGCAACGCAGCUACACCCUUUCCUCUGUGCCCAAAAACGUCUCCAUAGCCCAAAGGUUUGGCGACAGCGACAACUAUUUCCCCUCCAAAUGGAGCCCUUCACCAGAUAGGUCCACGUCCGCGGGAAUGUCGCCAAAGCAUGCUAGAAUCUCCUCAGGUCAGCUGAGUUCACGGAAACUGCGAGGGAAGGAAGGUCUUGCGUUGUCAGCAUCGGGUUCUGCUCUGCGUCAAAUCGGUCCUAACGGUAGCUACCAACGCGUAAAUCGGUACUCAAGUGGCGUGCUUGAUGAAUACGGCAGUGGGGACUCCGGCGGCUCAACCAGCAGCUAUCGAAAGCGUCUAAUUGAUCAGAGAAAGCCAUCCAAGACGCCAAGUUCUGGAAAGGUUUCAGGAGGGCUCUCUCUAGUCCGGUCAGCUUAUGAUAGUACCUCGGGCAACCGAUCGUCCACGCUGCCUUACAAACGUCGCGGAAGUUGGCACGUAGAUCGAGAAACAAAUUACCCCACCCUAGACUGGAGCACUCCACGGAAUUUGUAUGGUGGGUCGCGAUGGCGGAGUUUCAGUCCACAACGCCUGGCUGCGGCCACCAGUCACGAGGUGGGCUUGGCUGCAACGCCUUUCGACAGCCGAAGUCUUCACAGCAAACACUUGAGGGAGUUGACCAAGUCGACGGAGCAGCUGUCGACUGGGUUUCUGGACAACUACAAGGGCAUUGAAACCUCCUUCAACACACUGCGCGCCAAGCUGGAUGCCGCAACCUCACAGAACCCCGGAUUCCGUAGACAGGCAUCAGUCGACCGUCUGUACGGGCGUGAGUCCACGGCUGAGCAGUUGCGGCGUCAGUGCGAGCGGGAGCAUCGACGACUGCUCAAAAGCUUGAUGUCCGAUAGCUGGGAGAAGGGUAUCGAGCGACAGCCCAACCCCCCUCAGCAGUACUUCAGUCCGGCUGCACCCGGCGUGCUUCCGGUUCAAGAGGUCACCUUACUAACCGCGCCUCGCACGACAAAUCCCCUCUCGAAUCCCAACCUGGAGAAGCUCCUACGCAACCCUGCCCUGAUGCAGCUGCUCGCGAAUCCUGCCAAUCAGGUUCAUCAUCAGGCGCCAGACCAGAAUAGUCUAGCCGACCAGGUCACCCUGGCCGCUGUGGCAGGCGCUGCAGCCGCCACGGCGAUGGCGAACUUCACCAAUUCGGCGGAACAGCCGUCUCACGUCAACCCCCCACCCCACUCCUCCACAGUCGACGACUACGACUGGAAUGAUCCGGAAACUCUGAUGGCAGCCUACACAGCUCUCGCCGAAGCUAGCGGAGGCGAGAAGGCCUUCCUGGAACAGCUCUCGCCUGAUUUGGCCGCCACCUUGGUGCACUACAGGGAACAGCUGUCGGAGAAGUUGUCGACAGGCGGCGGCGGCGGCGGCGGUGAGCAGGUAGCGUCCGCCGUGAAGACAACUUCCACGCCCGCGGUGACCUCCACGUCAAACAGUGCCGGCGUGUACGUCGACGGAGGUGGUGGGGGCUGGCAGUCGUCAGGUGUCGUGCUGGAGGACGUUUCUCGAAGAUCCGACAUGGAGACUGAUGGCGCCGUUCCUGGUGAGUGGCAGAAACCCACAAACGAGGUGUCUAGUCGGCUACGCGGGACGAAUCAGACCACGGAGCUGACCCCCACGAAAGUAGUCAGAAGAACCUACGAUUUCCCCACUAAACGACUCCUUCUGAUGCGCAGUUCGAAGGGUCGCCUACCGGGCAGUGGAUUCGGUUUGAAGAUUGCUGGCGGACGACCCCGCCCAGAUGGUCGACUUGGCAGCUUCGUUGAACAGAUCCACCCAGGAGAUACUCUCGGCUACCUUCAUGGAGAAAUUUCUGAAGGCGAUGAAGUCAUUGAGUGGAACGGCAUUCCAUUGGUCGGAAAGGGCGCAGCCGAAGUACAAGCCAUUGUUGACACGCCAGCCGACGAAGUUGAACUGCUGGUUCGAAGGGGACGUGAGUUGGUUUACGAGAGCCAGUGCUUUAAGUCCACUGAAUUAUCACAGCCCCUAGUGACCUUGACAGUCAUGGAAAUGAGAGCCAAUGAAAUGCGGGGGCGGCAAGCCGCAGAUGUGCAUCGUUACCCUUCGAAACUGUGUCCCUCGCACAACCCGAGUUCCCACCUCCAUGAAAGCCUCCACGGUGGCGGCAGCAGCGGCGGCGGUGGAGGAGGAGGAGGUUGCUUCCACCAACAGCACACCUGCAAACAGGCACAGCAGCCACCAAGAAGCGGAACCAUGUUGCACACCUGCGAGGUACAUUCGACGCUGCCAUCUUGCAUCCACAAGCAGCAACAGCAGCAGCAGCAGCAACACGUCUGUCGAUCUGGCGACUGGUCCGACCCCAGCCAGGCGCGCCUGCGUGGAGGCUUCCAACAGCGCGGACACGCCUCGACAAGCUUCGAGCAGGCGCCGAAUUCACCGCCAUCCGAGAGGAAUGCGAGCGAGCCGUCGGCAAGUCCCUCGGACCGCGUGAGCGUCCAUCGCCAGCAGCGACAGGUCGUGCCCACCGUGAAUGUCGCCGAGUACGACGGCGACCACCGCGAACCGACGGACACCGUGGGUCACCAAACCGUGGCAAGUGGUUUUUUUCGUAAUGACGAUGCCAACUUGGCGAAUGACGAGGCCCGUCCAGUCUUUGGUGAAAUUGAGUUGAUACUCACUUUCGACGACUACGACCAAAGUCUCACCGUCCACGUGGCGAGAGCACGUGGACUUCGACCAAUGGACCUCAACGGAUUGGCCGAUCCUUUCGUCAAGUUGAGGCUACACCCCGACCCAACCGAGGAUAUCGACCUCAACAGACAGAUCAAGUACAUCCCGAAUACACUGGAGCCAGAGUGGCAGCAGACGGUGGUCUUCAUGAACUGUCUUAAGCGAACUCUCAAGAAACGCGUGCUUGAAGUGACGGUGUGGGACUUUGACCGCCUCAAGAUGAACGACUUUAUGGGACAGGCAAUUAUUCAUUUGGGAUCAAAAGAGACCCUGGACGGACAGCCGCAUUGGUACAAGCUGCACGCACUUCGAGAUAUCGUGAUCCCGGGCUACCGGCAGCCUGGCACGCGGUCGGUCGCCCCACCACCUACCCAGAGUGAACAAGUGUGGAGGCUGUUAUGCGGUGGUGGUGGUGGUGGUGGUGGACGUUGUGUUGGUAUGGGUGGAAGCAUCGGUGGAGGUUCCAACGUUGGUGGUGAUGACGUCAACGGUGACAGUGGUGCUGUUGGUGGUGGUACUGUUGGUGUUAAUGGCGGCAGUGGUGUUGAUGUGGAUUGCGUUGGUGGUGUGGAUGGAAGCAUCGGUGGAGGUUGCAUCGUUGGUGUCGGUGUUGCUAGUGACGGUGGUGGUUCUCUUGGUAUGAAUGGUGACGUUUGUUGUGCUGGUGUCCCUUGUGGUAGUUGCGACAUCGGCUGUGGCGAUGGCGUUGACGGUAAAGCUAGUUUGAAUGGUGGUGGUUCUGUGUUGGUGUUGAUGGUGUCCCCAGUGGUGCUGGCGGUGGUGACGAUGGCGUUGCUCGUAAAAGAGGUGAAAGCUCCACAAAACAAAAAUGUUCAGAAAGAUGCGCGACCGCCGUCCGCGGAGACAAAUUCGCCUCCCACGAAAGACGGCAACUCGGACACCAGCGUGCAAGCGUGUCCGAAGAAACUUGACUAUUUUUGA